AUGCAGCUCCGAGUGUCUCAAGGUGAACAAUCCUUGUGCAUGAAGGGCGUGGUCGACUCUGGUGCCACGGCCUCGUAUUUUAUCUGCCCAGCUGACUAUAGCCUCGCCUUCGCAGUCGAUACUACUGACUCACCUCUUCGGGUAUCUCUGGCCGAUGGCAGCGUACUUAUGGUUUCCGAGUUGUUGGACCUGCAGUUCGAGAUCCGCGAUGUUUCGAGCACCGAUUGGUUCUGCCCAACGAAGCACGGUUUCCGCUUCGUAAGGCUAGCUUCCUCGUGCAAUGAUGCCGUACCAUAUUGUCUGAUCGGAAGGGAUCUGAUCAGCCAGCUUGGCAUCACUUUCUAUGGUGUGGACACUGCGUGGAUCGCCAACCGGUUGGUUUAUUCUUCUACGUCGGAUAAGGUGGACUUGAUCGUUGAUGUAUCUCCCUACGAGACGCUUUACCACGUCUGCGAUGAUUCCCCUAUUGAUCCGUCACGGUUUUCCGUUCUGGCUCCUGCACCAUGCCCCAACUCUGCCCUCUCAGUUUGCCUGCCGGAUACUGUGAAAUCUGAGCUGCAUGUUCUACUCGAUAAGCUUGUCGAGGAGGGGUGGUAUAUCAGUCCGUGGUCUUCAGCUUACAAAACCAGAUUCCGAAGGCUCGUUGAGGGCGAGUUCCGCGACGUUGACUGCCAACGAUACACUGCUCAGCUAGCCUUACCUUUACCACAAGUCCCUCGUUGCAAGCCCGCCGACUAUGCUCACGCUAUGUAUCGGCGACUACCCACCGAAUUACGGAAGGCCUAUACUUCCGCUGUCAGUGAGUACCUCCGGCAAAACUUCUGGCAACGGCCACACGCGGCCCUCUUACAGUCGCCGUCGUUCCAGUCUCAACCAUUCGCUUCGGUUUUCCUGGUCAAUCCCAAGAAACCUAGAUUGGUGCUGGAUCUACGGUCUCUAAAUUCGGCUCUACCAGCCUGUACUGUAAAGGUGGCUGCUCUAUGGCAAGUCCUGUGUAGCUUGCGAUUGAUAUCGCCUGAAUGCAUAGGGGCUAGUGAUGUACGGGCCGCAUUUUAUGCAGUGCGCCUCUGUGAUGAUGACGACGCCUUCCUGAAGUUUCUGAAGGUUCGUACUGGUAUUGGUGAUUAUGUCGUGAGCAGAGUUGGUUUCGGGGUGUCGCCGGGUCCUUUGGCUCUCGUUGAUACUUUGGGCCGAGCAGUCAGACGCUAUCGUGCAUCGGAGACCUCAAAAACAGGUUACAUCGUCGAUUAUCUGGAUGAUGUGCACUGCUUUGGCCUUUCUGUGCCCGUGGUUGCUAACCUGGCUCGGUUGAUCUAUCUUCUGUCAUGUGCUGCCUUCUGUAGUCAGCUAAAGAAGCUCGGUAUCGCAGCCAUCAUGGAGCAGAGACGGGUUGUCAACCAGAAACUCCAGGAGUAUGCUAUCGACAUAGUGGCAUCUGAUAGUGUCUCGGUGUUUGGCCUGAAUUUCUACUAUGCGUCAGCAUCAACUCUCCACGACGGAAACCUACUGGCAGUGGACUGCCAACGCACCGCCCGGCUGGCCAAGGCAUCAACAUUCUUCGACAUCGAACCCAUGGUGUGCGAUUCACAUUCGAAGAAAGCCUUCUAUUGUGUCGCCGACUUCUGUCGUUUGAUCCUUGCCGGAUGCAUAGUUGCUGCCGCCUUCUAG